AAAUGGAACCCAGAAGCAAGCUUCAAGAAACUGCAAGGGAUGGAGAUGUGCGACGAAGAAACCCUUGUGGAAGCAGCGUUGCGUGUGCUGAAUACACCAGACCCAGUCGACAAGGCCAGACUUGGAGAUCAAAUAGCAAACAAUUGGCUCCAAGGUCUCAUUCUGCAUCCCUACCACCCUUCUCAACCUGAUAUCGCAGUACCAGAUCGACCCGCCAGACUUGCCAAUGUGAAGUUAGUGUCGCCAAGUCUUAUGCCGAAGCUUGGGAAAGCCGGAAGCUUACAGAGCAGACAAGCAAUUGUGCAUAGCCUUGUUCACAUUGAAAGUUGGGCCAUUGAUUUGUCUUGGGAUAUAAUUGCGCGUUUUGGUAAGCAAGAAUCAAUGCCAAAAGAGUUCUUCAAUGAUUUUGUGAGAGUGGCACAAGAUGAAGGUCGUCACUUCACGCUUCUUGCUGCUCGGCUUGAGGAGUUGGGUUCUUUCUAUGGAGCACUCCCUGCUCAUGAUGGUUUGUGGGAUUCGGCUGUUGCUACGUCGAAAGACCUAUUUGCACGUCUUGCAGUGGAGCAUUGUGUUCAUGAGGCAAGAGGACUGGAUGUGCUGCCUACCACCAUCUCGCGUUUCCGUAAUGGAGGUGACAACGACACGGCUGAUUUGCUGGAGAAGGUGAUUUACCCUGAAGAAAUCACUCAUUGUGCUGCUGGAGUGAAGUGGUUCAAGUAUCUAUGCUCGCAAUCUAAAACUCCAACGGACGAUAUCAGUGGAGAUGAAGAAAGUGAUGAAGUGAUUGAGAAGUUCCAUGAGGUUGUGAGGGCAUAUUUCAGGGGACCAUUGAAGCCUCCUUUCAAUGAGGCUGCAAGAAGAGCUGCUGGAUUUGGUCCUCAAUGGUAUGAACCUUUGGCUGUCAAAGAUUUCACCCAAUAACUCCAAGAACAUUUAAGGUUAUUUCAUAUGAUAAUAUAUCAGGUCAGAAUUCCUAAACGUUUUAUCCCUGAUUUUGGUUGUUUAGUAAAUGUUUAAUAUACUUUCAAGUGGGAUCUAUUGGGUUCUUUCGAUUGAGUUGUUGGAA